AUGGCAGCACACGACCCCGACUCGGGCCUCUUGACCCCUUCGCCGGCUAUCACCAUUCGCGGCAACCACCCUUCGCCGUCUCGUCCCAAACGCGGUGCUCUGAGCCCGCUGCAGACGCUCUCCCCGCUCGAGCCGCUCAAGGCGUCGCCGCCUGUGCGCGUGACAGACACUGCGGGCGCGGGGCCGAGGCGCGCUUCGUUGACGAGGAGUCUGAGCAGGAGGGAGAGUAUGGUCGAGAACGCUGCGGCGUGGAGGAGAGGCGAAGAAGUUGGGGGUGAUGGCAGGGGUCUGUUCUCCAGGUUGACGUUGGUGAAAGCGCCCGCUGCUGAAAAGAAGGAUGAGCGCAGGCAAGUCUUCUCCUCUCCAUUCCGCAAACCACCACUGACUCUUUGCAGACACACGCGAAGCAAAUCCGGCUCAUCCCUCAUGCCAUUCAACGCCUUUGCCUCCUACUCUGACGCCCCCGCCACCUCCGCCUCGGGCCCCCGCCGUUCCUUCGCCGCCUCCUCCUUCGGCGCUUCCCCCUCUGCCCACUCGGUCGGCCUCCCCAUGCCCGACGCCGUCAACAGAGGCUCCGCCCACCGCGUCCAAUCCUGCUCCGGCAACGGCCGCAACGUCCAAAAAGACAAGCUCUUUUCCCCUGAACAAGUCGUCGAGCUCGCGCGGUCGAUCAACUCGCCCAAAACGGCUUCAUCCCCUCUCCACCGCGCGAAAUCCGCGCGCUCCCUCCGCUCUUUCGGCUCUUUCGACGGAUCGCCCGAAACGCCACAGGCAGAGCUCGAGCCGGUAGAGUACAUGCAGAUGGAAGAAGACGUCCUCCUCCCAUUCAUCGACCGUCCCUCCGAAGUCGCAGACUUGAUCGCCCACCCCUCCAACACCAAACUAUUCGCCCUCCUCCGCGCUGCUUUCCCCAAAGAACCCGCCCGGCCCGAGUGGAAAUCCCUCAACCCCACCCAAUGGCGCUGGGACGAGUUCCUCCUGCACCUCACCCGCGUCCCUCGUUCCGAAGUGGACGACUAUGACUGGGUGUUCAAAGACCGCCAAGCCGUCAGAUCGCACAGCGUGGCGUUGUGGGAGAAACUCGGGACGUGUCUCGGGUGCGACGAAGCCCUCCUCAACGCCGGCUCGGAGGACGGUUCGCCCAACACCUGGGCUGGCCUCGGGCUCGACGACGAUGACGGCGAACAAGACGCCCCGGACGGACACGUCUGGAUCGAAGGUCUCGCCGCUGAAGACCAGACCGAACGCGCCCACGCCGAACGUCAGCUGCGCGAUGCGUUUGGCGGGAUCGUGGAGGAUGAAGGGGAAGUUGCUGCCGCGGGUAUGACGGCGCUUCUUGGGCCUAUCGGUGAAGGGGAUGGGGCGGAGAAGGGGGGAGAGUUGACGCCGGCGCAGAGGGCGGGGCAGAGGGAUAAGAUUGAUCCGAUGGGUAUGGGUACGGGUACGGGUUUGGGGUUGGGCGGGAUUACAGAGUCCCCCGUCGAGGCCACCUUUGGGCACGACGAGAGCGGCUCCGCAGCCCCUCGCCGAAGCCGUCCUUCCUUCGUCGGUCUACAAAUCUCCACUUUACCCUCUAACGGCCACUCUUUCCCCCGCUCCCCCUCUCUCACCACUACCUCCCUCUCCGCCUCCGCCCAAAACACCUCCCCUCCCUCUCCAUCUUUAUCUACAACAUCCCACCUCCCCCUCUACACCUACGACCGCGACCCCGGUAACCCGCUCUUCCCGUCCUCCUUCUCCAACCUCUCUCUCGCGCCCAACCUCGGCAGGCGCGCGAGCAGUACUGUCAACGGUAUCCACGGUGGGGCCGGGGGGAUGUUUGGGAAGGGAGCAGGGGGGGCGGUGCCGAUGAGGGAUGAUGUGGUUGGGGAGCUUAGGAGGAAGGGGUUCGGGUUUGGGGGGAGGAAAGCUAGUCAGGCGGGGUUGAGUGAGAGUGAGUCUUGA